GUCUGGAGAUUUGUCUUUUUUUUUUUUUUUUUUUUUGCUAUCAAUUUCUGCUGUGUGCUCAGGGGUUAUAGUUCAGUGCUGAAUGACACAGGGGUUGGGCCUGCUUUGGGGGAAAGUGUUCGUUUUCUAUUGCUUUGUAACAAAUUACCACACAUUUGGCAGCUUAAGACUACAGUCAUUUAUUAUCCCAUAGUUCUGUAGACCAGUUCACAGGAUGACUAAAUCUGAGUAUCAGCUGUGACAACAGUUCUUUAGGGCAUAAGGCCUUCUAGGCUCACUGGUUAUUGGCAGAAUUUAUUUCCUUCUCACACUUUCCAUGUGGUCCCCUCCAUCUUCCGGCCAGCAGCCAGCAAGUCUUGUCCUUCUCACACUUUGAAUGUCCCUGGCUCCCUUUCUGCCCUCAGCCAGGAGAAAGCUCUGCUCUUUAGGGAAUUAUCCAGGCAAGCCAGGUUGAUGUCUCCAUCUCAAAUCAACUGAUUAGUAACCUUAAUUAUAUAACAUUUGUCAUGUGAUGCAACAUAUUCACAGGCAUGAUAAUGGCAAAGGCCAUGAAGACCAAAAUACUAUCAACCACAGGUAGGUGUGGGGGAAAUAAAUUAAAACUUUUAGCAAAGAGAAAUAAUUGUGUAAUUGAAAACAGGUUGGAAUUACAAGAAUUAAGUGUUAUAACAGAAGCUAAAGACAUGGGCAUCCUUAGACAAGGUCAGCAAUUUACAGUAUUCCUGAUAAAGUGAUAUUUCACCUUAAACAUACAUAGGAUGAGAAAGAUCCAGUCUGCAGACAACACAUGCCAGAGAAUUUGGGGGAGAUUACCAUCACCUGCAGAUGGAACCAAACGAUGAGAAAACUUGUGACACAUUCCAACUGCUCAAAGGGGAAAGUGAGAUUUUCAGUCGAAGGAUGAGACAGCAAUAAAGAAAUGCCCACCAUUGAGAAAUAUACAUCUUUUGCUUUACAUCCGAGAAUUCUUAAUAGAGAGCAAUCAUAUGAAUAUCAGGAAUGUGGGAAGACUUUUUGUCAGUACUCAAACCCUGUUCAACGUGAGAGAACACAUUCUAGUGAAAAACCCUACAAAUACAAAGAAUGUGGGAAGAACUUUAGUAAUGGACAUCGGCUCACUGUACAUCAGAGAUUUCAUACUGGUGAGAAACCUUGUAAAUGUAAGGAAUGUGGGAAGUCCUUUAGUACCUUUUCGUACCUUGUUCAACAUCAGAGAACUCACACUGUUAAGAAAGUCUAUGAAUGUAAAGAAUGUGGGAAGGCUUUUAUUAGAGGCUCAGGCUUUGUUAAACAUGGGAGAAUUCACACUGGCGAGAAACCAUAUGAAUGCAAGGAAUGUGGGAAGACCUCUGGUAGUAGCCAUAAUUCUGUACAUCAGAGUAGUCAUACUGCUAAGAAAGCCUAUGAAUGUGGGGAAUGUGGAAAAGCUUUUUAUAGUAGCUCAUACCUUGUUCAACAUCAAAGAAUCCAUAGCGGUGAGAAACCCUAUGAAUGUAAGAAAUGUAGGAAAGCUUUUAUAGUGUAUGGAAAACUUCUUCAGCAUCAGAGUAUUCAUACUGAAAAACCUUUUGUGUGUAAAGAAUGUAGGAAGGCCUUUAGUACCUUCUCAUACCUUGUUCAACAUCAGCGAAUUCAUACUGGUGAGAAACCCUAUGAAUGUAAAGAAUGUGGGAAGGCCUUUAGUAGUAGCUCACCCCUUGUUAAACAUCAGAGAAUUCAUACUGGUGAGAAACCUUAUGAAUGUAAGGAAUGUGGAAAGGCCUUUAGACUUAGUUCAUUUCUUAAUGCGCCUCAGAGAAUUCAUGCAGAGGUAAAGCCCUAUGAAUGCAAGGAAUGUGGGAAAGCCUUUAGUCGUGCCUCAUACCUUGUUCAACAUGAAAGACUUUAUACAGGUGAGAAACCCUAUGAGUGUAAGGAGUGCAGCAAGGCUUUUAGUGCUGGCUCAUACCUUGUUCAACAUCAGAGGAUUCAUACUGGUGAGAAACCCUACGAAUGUAAGGAAUGUGGAAAGACCUUUCGAGUACAUGUACAUGUUACACAGCAUCAGAAAAUUCAUGUUGAUGUGAAACCCUAUAAAUGUAAGGAAUGUGGAAAAACAGUUGUGCCUCAUACCUUGUACAACGUGGCAGAAUUCAUACUGGUGAGAAACCCUAUGAGUGUAAGGAGUGUGGGAAGGCCUUUAGUUCUGGCUCUUACCUAGUUCAACAUCUGAGAAUUCAUACUGGUGAGAAACCCUUUGAAUGUAAGGAAUGUGGCAAGACCUUUAGACUUAAUUCCUUCCUUACUGAACAUCAGAGGUUGCACACUGGUGAGAAACCCUUUAAGUGUAAAAAAUGUGGGAAGGAC